GCUACAUUACAAAGCAACCAAGUGAUGGAAGAACAGGGAACCAUAGAGGGACAUUAUCAAAUACGGAAUGAGCUCGAUCAGCUACAAUACCACGACCAACAGCGAAAGAGUUUGAUCAGACUAGCUGUGCUAAGAGUCCACGCUUUGUUAAGACACAAGCACGAUAUUCCAGUCACGAAAAGGAAGUCUGGUACUCCAAGAAAGAAUGACCUUGAACAACUAAGAGCUCAACUCAAUGAAUACGAACUAAGCAUAAACAAACUCAAGCAAGAACAUUCGACCCAAUUGAAAUUACAACAAGCCAAGUUUGACGUGUUGAAGGAAGAAAACUCAAAGUUAAAACUGAAACUUAAAAGCCAGCCUGCUCAACCGGUUACUAGAAAGUUUAGCGGAGGCAGAAAGCCACCCAGUUUAUUCAAUAUCACCCUGAAUUAUACGGCAUCGCCCACAUUUGUCAAUCCGGCUCAUAUAACUACCCCCACUAGAAAAGACGGUCGUCAAAACCGAAGCUUUACAGCCACACAUACUGGGCUCUCGCCUACACCACUAGCGCAGCGAUCGUUGAGUUUAAACAUCACCAAGACAAACGACUCACCAUCGAAGUUUGUCGACAAGUUUGAGAAAUCGGUGUCACCUGUGUCAUCGCCGGAUUUCCCCCACAGGACCGUGAAUGAAGUGCCAAAAUCAGCCACCACUUCACUUCCAUCCCUGGCUGAUCGCAUAAAUAAGACAUUCACCGAUGAUGAAGCUUACGUCAGUGCCAAUUCCUCGGUUUCUAGUAUGUCACGAGAAUCAACCGCUGCGUUAGAAGAUAAUGCACCCAAGAAGAAGAAAAAGAAGCUACAGUUGUGGAAAUCAAAGACGGCAAAGAUACUCCUGAAGGAUGCCAGUCAAGGACUAGAUGAUGAGAAUUUAAACACAUUGAACUAUUAUCAGGAUGAAAACUUCAAGGAAGACCCCUUGAGUCCAAUUAAGAAACGGCUGAUAGAAACCACUGAAGAUUUAGCGGAACAGCCAGAAGUUAAGAAACACAAGAACGUAUUUACCAUUGAAUAGACUUUACCAAACACGUAUAUACCCUUAUAUAUAGACAUGAAUAAUAUGCAACUCGUUAUGUCCG